ACAUAUCUUACUUAUCGUUCAAUCAUUUUACUGAUGUGCAAAGUGUUUAUCAAUUAGUUGCCAUGUUUGCAAGUUAGUUGAACACGUGGCAAUUUCAAAUAUCUGAAACCUUGCACUUUCACCAUUUUGUUCUGUUUAUCAUUUUAAUGUGACUCUUUUAUUUUUACGAUUGUUCUCAGUUGCCUUGUUAUUCAUGUAAGCGCACUGCUUGUGGUUGCUGAGCUGUCGAUACAUCUUCUCUUAUGUCCCUUUACUCAAUCUCCCCAUUUUAGGGAAAAUUUUACCCUUUUUGAGGAAGACGCUAUAGAAAAUUUUAAGGAAAUGGCACUAAAACCCUCAGCUUUUCCUGGAUCUAGGGAAAUUACUCGUCAACCUUGGUGAAGGUCUUUUGACUUUGGGGAAUUUCCCAAAAUUUCCUCCAAAUUCCCCAAAAUUUCCCCAAACUUGGGAGAUUAAUUAUAUAGCCCUCAAGCUACUGUACAUGCUUUCCUUGUACAUAAAGUACUUUCUGGCUGCACGCGAACGUCUAGAAAAGUGUGUGUAUUAAAGUAACUCAGUUUUGGUCAUGGGAUCUCUUUAAACCUGGAUUUUUUAUUUCCGAUUACUAUCUCUUUGUUUAUUCAUGGAAUAUUAAGACAUUCGUUGUGCUUGCUGAGUGAUGGGCUUAUUUUUCUCUCAAUUUGUCUUCGGAUUUCAACACAUUACCCUUCACUUACGCGCUCACCACACAACGUAAUUUCAGGCUGGACUCAGUUUUACCUAAACUCAAAUAUUUGUAACGUAUGUUACAAGAAAAGUGACACUUCUGUUAUUAAAUUCAGACAUACAUCGACUAAAUGGACAUCUGCCGUUAUAUGAGCGAAAAAAACAGCAGAUGAAGGGGAACCUUUGAAAAACAUAGGCGACAUUAUUUUGGUAAAUUUGGUGUAAAUUGGGGCGAAAAGGCAUCAAAUUUUCUUUUUUCCCAGACCAGGAAAUCGGUGGGAUUCCUAUCAAAACUUUCUCACUGCGACGAAGUGUCUCAUAUUUCACACCUUAAUCUUUGCUUGAAUUAUCAACAGACAGUCUAGUUCUCUCAAAUUAACGACCAAUAGUUUUAUUUCGCUCUAUUUAUUUACUAUAUUGUGUCUACGUCAGUGGGGAAAACUGUCUUCCCCAAAGUGAGAACCUUUCUUAUCUUUAUUUCUCCAGAAUUCUACUUUAUCAUCUAGAUGUGGGAAGUAAUGAUGUAUGAGUCUCAUCUAGUGGCGGAUAUCAAAGAUAAAUUGUAGUGUGGUUAUUAGCAAAGAUAUUAGUGCUAUAUUCUCAUCUCGCCACUCAUUUGGUUUGUCUUCAGUAACUUGAUCGUCCUGUCACUCUGCGUAGUUCUUAAUUAGGUGCAAAUUAACAUGUAUAUUUGAUAUAAUUUAUCUUAGGAAACUUCAAUAGUCCUUAGUAAUUUGUAUAUCUUUGAAUUGGUACUAUCAAUUUAUUUUAUUUUAAGCACUUUGUGUUCAUUUACUUUGGAGGAAAUCUAUCCUUGUUAUUUGGCUACACAUUGAGGUAACCCACACUGAUCAUUCAUUUUUAUCUUGGUCCAGUUGAUUAUGUUCUCCUUUCACUUCUGUCUUUUGGGAACACGUCACUUGUUCCACUUAUUAUUAUAACCAACAAAAUUGAUAGAUAAUUUCCAGCAUCUGUUAGAAAGUAACAUUAUAUAUUGGUUGUUUCCGUCUACUUAUAUAUAUUAGAUAGGUUAUCAAUAAAUGCCAAGAAUAAUAGCGUAUAAACUUUUUAUCUGUCUUGUUUGUUGACCGUUUUAAAGAUCAAAAUAACUUGAGAAUAAUCAAUAAUAGUUCACCUUUUAAACUUUUAGUUUUGCCGCUCAGCAAAUUUUUUCAAGCCAAAUCUGCUAGGAAUCGGAGUUUUCUUCCUUGAUUUCAGUCUGAAAAUAGAAUUCUACGAAAAUGGAUUUUCUUUAAGAUUCUUUUUUUUCAGUUGACAGCUGGACAAAGAAUGUCUUUUCUUCUCACUAUAUACGUUUUGUAUUAUUUAAUAUACAACUACGUUUUUUAGUGCAGUUCUUAUUUUGUUAGUCCUUGAUUUUAAUGUACUGAACUUAAAUCCAAUAUAUUUUUAUGCAGCCUAAAUACUGGUUGGUGUAUUACCUCUUUGAAAGUUAGCUCAACACUUAGCGAAGCAACGAAAAAAUGACAUACCAUGAAAAUUCUUCUGAGUUUGUAGGUGAAAAAAGUAAUUAUAUCGGGCUGGACGAUGCAUCAAAUAUUCGACCACUUUAUAAAAACAAAAUUCAUAAUCAGUGUCGUCUUGCUGGUCCAACUGGUCAACAAAGCAAUGGGGUUGUACAAGAUUUAUCUACAGAUUUCCUAGGUUAUGACUGGAUAGCCUCUAUGGUAGAUAAUCAGAUAAGGCCCAUAUGCACAAACAUUUCGAAUCGCCAAGUAAACGUAUCAGCAAAUCACUAUAUCGAUGAUGAAGAGUGGUUAAAUCAACGGGAAUUUUUCGACAAACUAAAUGCAUUUCGUCAAACAAAUUCUGAUCUUUGCUGUUCACAACGACCUUUGAGCCUCCAUAAAACAUCUACGAAAAUCAGCCAUAACAAGUCUACGUUAAUGAAUGUUAGACAACGUGUUCGACCAUUACCACCAAUUAGAACAAAUAUGUUUCCUAAUAAUGAAACUAACUUAAAAUCCCCAACAAUUGUGCAAAACUACACAUUAAAUUCAAGAUUAUUUCCAGUGAGAACAGAUGUUUUAGCUUGUGAUGGAAAAUUCAGAGAAAAAGCUGUUGGUCCGAUAGUUCUAAGAAUUUCGAUUCCGUCUCAUCGUUUGAAAAAUACAAAAUUCCUAAAUGAUUCAUUUAUUAUCUACAAAAAGCAUAAUCCAUUAUCAACAUCAUAUCCAUUUAAAAAUACUAUCUCUCUAAUAGGACAUUGUGAUUAUUCAGUAGAAACAAAACGUUCACAAUAAAUAUCUAAUGUAUUCAAAUGACCAAUUAUAUCUCGUACAUUUGAUGCAUUUGUAUCUACAUUAUUGUUAUGAUAAAAAUAAUAAUGCCUAUCCAUAAUGGGUAAUUUAAAAAUGUAUAAUUCUUAUUUUCUUUUGUAAAUAUUGUAUAUAUGAGUAUGUUUUUCCAAAAUUAUUAUACUUUUUCAAAUUAAAAUUAAUUUGAUACAAGUGAAGCCUUUUACCAUAUUGUUUUGUAUGCUCGACUUUUUUCUGACUGGCAUUUUAGGAGUCAGAGAACAAAUGGUUACUGGUCACAUCUACCAUUAUGUGUGAAAUAGGAGCUUUUUAAUUACUGUCCUUUAAAAUUAGUGGUGGCCUGAGAUAAUGUUGCAUAGCUAGUGACUAAUGAGUUCUUUUACUACAAGUUAAAACGUUUACGUAAUUUCAAAACUUCAGUUAUUUGUAUUUGGAAAGUAUGUAGUGACUUAUCUAUUAUACAAAACAGUUGAUUUUGUUAUGUUUCUACAAUAAACAUUCCGACUUGAUUACUAUAGGGAUGAAUAGCAAUAUAGAUUAAAAAUUCGAAGUUAAAAAACUGGCUCUAUUUCACCAGAAUUUAGUAGAAGGGAAAUACACCAAGUGUUGAUUGUAUGAUUAUCAGACAAUUACUCUUAUUACCUAUAGAACGAUCAAACUUCAGUAGCAUUAAAAUUCCACAUUUAUGGUACAGUACGACGGUUCUAACUGAUAUUAUAGAUACUACAGUCUUUAUUAUACCCACAGGUCUCUCAAUAGGAAAUUCAUCAGUGUUGCUUAUAGAACAAACAAAAAUAACAUAACACCUGUAGUAACUAAAUGAAAUUUUACCAAUAUAAUUGAAAGACAGAAAGACUUAUUUUCUUGUUGCAAUAUAUACACGUUUUUGUUUUCAUACUGAUACAACCAAACAACAACUUGCAACUCAGACUACAUCAUGGAUUUCUAGACAGUGACAUUUGUUUCACCUAAUAUCGCUUGAACGAUUAUUAUUUGUAAAUUUGUAAACUUUCCUGAUUGACAGCGUAGGUAGGUUAUUGUAUGAUUCUACGAAGUAGGGUAAAAACUUUAAUUCAUGAUUUUAAUUCAAGGUUGGAUUUAUUGAAAGCUAUAAAUACUUAGACAUAUCGAGC